CCAAAAUAUCCAACUCCCUCCGUCUUUCAGAGUUUUUACUUGCAGACCGCUGCUAGGGUUUUCUAAAAGCUCUCAGAUCUCUCCAUCUUUCUCUCUGCGAAACUUAGAUACCUACAGCCAUGGCGUCCACCAAGGUCCAGAGAAUCAUGACACAGCCCAUUAAUCUUAUAUUUAGGUUUCUUCAAAGUAAAGCUCGCAUUCAGAUAUGGCUUUUUGAGCAGAAAGACUUGAAAAUCGAGGGCCGCAUUAUAGGAUUUGAUGAAUACAUGAAUUUGGUCUUAGAGGAAGCUGAAGAAGUCAACAUAAAGAAGAAGCUGAGAAAGCCUCUUGGGAGGAUCCUUCUGAAAGGAGACAAUAUCACCUUGAUGAUGAACACGGGAAAAUAAUUUCAGUGGAAAGAAGGUUUGUCUGAUAAAAGGUCUCCUAAUUUUAUGUUUUGAUAUUGCUAUAACCAAAACUGUAUUAUUCUGUUUGCUACUUGUAUGAUGAGAGUCAGCUUUGAGAUAUAUGCGUUUUUCCAUAGUUCAUGAAACACAGCUAAUAUAAUAGGCAUCGUUUAUUUAUUA